UUAACGAAAACACAAUGACAUUAACGAAAACACAACGGAAAAGGUAUGUCCCAGUGGGAGACCUAAGAAAUCGCUGAUUGGACUACAGCUCGUUUUACUUUUGAACCGGAAGUUACUCUGGUGUGCUUCGUUUUAAUGAGAAGCGGGCAUACGGUCACGUCGCAAUGUUUUGCCCAAACUGCGGGAAAGAGCUGGUUGAGCCGUCACCAAACUUCUGCAGCAAUUGUGGCAAGAGGCUUCAACUUCAGGAAAUAUUUAUGGAAGAUACUCCACAAUGUUCAAGUAAGUUAAUAAGCAUAAAGAAAUAUUUAUGUUUCUUAUGGAUGUAGCAACUUGCUAACGUUAGUGGUCUCCAGACCGUGUCCACUGUUAUUUAGUUGUUCAUUGUAAAUGCAGUUAAAACUACACAAACUCGAUAUAAUACAGCAGCAUGGUAUUAGCCAUAUAUAGAAAAAGCCCAUCUAGGGACAAGUGCUGCGAAUUAGCUGUUGCUAUUGCACUAUGAUGUAAACAUGAGACUGCUGUUUUGUUCAGUUUGUCCAUGUCGCUGUAUGUCUGUCCCUACCAAAUAAACCAAUUAAAUUAAAUUAAAAAUAGUAAGGUCCGUUACAGCCUUAAGUAAUUUGUGUCGUUUGUAAUACAUAUCGUCUGUUUGCAUGAAUGUGAUGUGCAACAUUUUUUCUUUACUUUACUUCUAGCACAACAGCCUGUUCCAUCCUGCCCUGCACCAGCCCUCAGUACCUUCCUUGAGUACAGAAAAAAGAAAAAUGAGGAGCGACAAAAGUAUUCUCUUGGGAAAAAGGGGUUAAAGCAAAAGGAAAAAAAGAAAGUUAGGGUAGGUCCGGUUUUGUUCCGACCAAAAACAAGCAGCUUUUAAGUACCAUAAUAGACUUGCUUAAAGAAAGUUCCAGGUAGCAAAACUAUACAGAAUAAUUGUUUAACAGUAACAGCAAACUGUCAAUUAAUGAUAAGUCAAAACAGUAAAUCAUCUACUGAUUAAUUAUUGCAUAAUAAUUUUCCAAUCAUUGUUCUGUUUGCAUCAGUUCAAAAGUAAAAGCUUGAAAAUGACUGAUAAUAGUUAAUGGAUCUAUUUGGAUGUUUUUGUAACAUAAUACAGGAGGAAUUAAAAACAAAAAGAAAACAACAGAGUAUUCUCUAAAACAAAACAUUGCUCGGUCUUCCGCAUAAUUUUUUUUUUGUUUUCAGAUAAAUAUUGGCUUGAUGACCAUUCACAAGAAUGGUCUAAAGCCACAGCGUGGAAAAACCAUUUUGCUUGCAACAGAUCCAGAUGUCUCUGCCACACCUCUGCUCAGUCUUGCUGCUAAAAAAAUGAAGGACUUCAACAAAGAUAUAACAGAUGGACCUUUCCUCCUUCUGUACCCAGAUGGGACAGAGGUUAUUAAUAUCCCUGGGACACAAACACCGUUUACUCUUGCAGCUUAUAAGGCUGAAAUUGGCAAGUCAUACCAAAGGAUCUCUCUUUUCCUCUGCUUGAAAAGGGACUUUGAAGAAGUUGGAAAAUUGUCAGACUCGUCCGAUUCCGACCCAGAGAUUGUUAUUAGAAAAAACUCAGAGUUUGAUCUUGCUGAUACGCUGCCAUGGGAACCUAUGGAUGAAAGCAGUCCUUUGCAAAAGGUGGCAGAAACAGAGAAUGGUGUUGGGGAUCUCGUACUUGCAAAUGAAGUACAACAGGUUAUGGACUUGGAUAACAAUGGCAACAAUCCAGGCACCAGUCAAUGUCUCACUGUCCAGAGCUCCUGUUACAGAGACUACACCACUCUCUUUGAGCCCAUUGUUAUUGAUGAUGAUGAUGAGAUUGAAUAUUUUACAGAAGACAAAAAGCAGGACCUGCCCCCAGACGAACAGAAACAAACAAACGUGCAGCCACAUGAUAUUAUUGCAGAACUGGCCAAGAAUAUUGACCACAAGAAAGUCAGCCGGUUCAACAUAUGUCGUACUGAUGUGUGGGAUGGAGCUGUUCGGGGCUUUCAGAGGAGCACAUACUCCGACAAGAACGACAUGUUCAUCAAAUUUAACGAUGAUGCUGGCUGUUUGGAGGAAGGGUUGGACACAGGUGGCCCGAGGCGUGAGUUUCUCACGCUUCUUAUGGCCAUUCUGAGAAAUCGUCCUAUCUUUGAUGGACCCCCAGAAGCUCGUUACUAA